AUGACAGAACCUCCGCCUUUCGUUUACGACCCGUUGCCAGCAGGCUACAUCCGUCUGCUCACUGCCGCUUCCAACAAGACCGCGGACGGCCAUACCUGGAGGCUACAAACGGUUGGUCUCGACCAGUCCGACUUGGAAUUCGACGCGCUAUCUUAUGUGUGGGGCUCUGAUUCUGAACGUCUCAACAUUACCCUGAAUGACUGCACUGCGCAAGUGCAUCGCAAUUUAUAUACUGCACUACCGUAUCUUGCGCGCCGCGGAGAUACCCGGCCGGUACGGCCGAUCUGGGUCGACGCUAUUUGUAUCAACCAGGCGGAUCAUGAAGAGAAGAUGGUGCAGAUCCGGGAAAUGAAUCGCGUGUACAAGCAAGCGAAGAAAGUAUGGGUAUGGCUUGGUACUACGAAGUAUCAAGAACGCAUUCCUGACGCUCUCCGCUUUCUAAAGGAGCUAGCAGAAUACAAACGCAGCCGCCACUUUGAGAGUAUCGACGAUGAAGAGGAGAGACUCAAUCUUGAAACCGUCGAAAUGCCAGUGAAACUCGCUCUCCAUCAUAUUGUUUCGAACGACUGGUUUGGAAGACUAUGGGUCAUACAAGAAGCGGCAUUCGUAUUUGCUUUCGCUGCGCCGCCCGACAGGGCCUAUCUGUGGGAAUGGUUGCGCAGCGCGUUCAGAGUGGACAAACGCACAGGUCUACCGUCCUGGGUACCGGAUUUCCAUAUCGAUGAGGUCAUGACAGCAUUCGCAAUGAUACCUUCCCCUAGUAUAGGACAAUAUCUAUCUCGACCUGAGGAAAGAGGGUUACUCAUCGCUGUCGCAGACUGGGAAAAGAUAACUGCCGACGAUGCUUUGGGGCACACCUCGAGCAACUGUGAAGCGUGGCGGCAGCAGGGACUUGAAAACCAUCGAAAUCUACGAGGAUACUGGCAGACGCUGGUCAACAACCAAAAAUACUACAUGGACGAGGUGAUAAGUCACGAUUGGUAUCAAGACUUUCAAGCGAUGGCCCGACAGCUGAAGGGUAUCGUGGUCGAUACAGCAACCCAGAAAUUGAAUACGGGCCCGGAAGAUCCACAGACAUAUGCCUCGGUGGCAGACUCCGAAGACGUUAUUAGUGCAGAGGACCGCUAUCCGAACGCGUACAAGUUCUUGGACGCCAUGCAGGAGUUUCGUAGCAAGCAGCUCUUCAAGACUAAGAAAGGGCUGUUCAGUAUAACGAUGUCGGGUGUGCAACCGGGUGAUGUUCUAGUCGCGCUUAAUGGGGCGCCGAUGUUACACGUGAUCACAAAAGUCACUGCUGCUACGGACCAUGAGCCGGAGAUUUGGAAGUUCGUAGGUGAUGCGUAUGUGCAUCCUCUGGAAAGUGAGAGCCAUGAGGUGGGUACUUCCAACGAGAGCAACGUUGAAGAGGCUAAUGUUGAGAAGGGAAUUUUGGAAGAGAGCAACGCUGACGAAGAGCGGGAGUUCGUGUUUGUUUGA